UGCUUAGCAAACUGUAGAAAAGUAGUAGAAUCCUUUCGCAAAGGAUAACUGGCAAAAUACUAAAAAUAGUAGCAACCUGUUAGUUUAAUUGGUAUAAUAAAAUAAAAAUAUAAUAUAGCAACACAUUUAGGGGUGGUUGAAUUUAAACUUCCCACACAAAUAAAACGAAAAUAACAAUAGAAACACGGAAAUAGUUGUCAGCUGGCUGAUAAAAAAAAAAACAGAAAACGAGAAAAAUCAUUAACAUUUAUUAUACAUGUCAAGAAAAGGACAUUAGUACAAAAGAAAAAAACUAAUUACGAAACAUAAGCGGUGACCAAGGAUACCACUUAAAAGACAUUAUUUAUUUAAACCAAAUAAAACUAAAGUGACAUUUGUAUAUUUGAAAUGGACAGUAGUACAAUGGAGCGUACAGCUACAACGAAUACCAAUGCCACGGCCAAACGUAACACCAAUGCCUCGGUGAAUACGACUGGUGGUCGCAAGAAAUCUGGACCGAAAUUUGAAUUAUCCGAUGCUCAAAAGGCGGACAUCAAAGAAGCCUUCGAUCUAUUUGAUGUGGAUUGCACGGGUUUCAUUGAAGUCAAAGAGCUUAAGGUGGCCAUACGGGCUUUGGGUUUUGAACCCAAAAAAGAAGAAAUCAAACGUAUGAUCGCUGAGAUCGAUAAAGAUGGCACGGGCCGCAUAAGCUACAAUGAUUUCCUGCAUUUGAUGACCAUGAAAAUGGCCGAAAAGGAUACAAAAGAGGAGAUAUUGAAAGCAUUCCGUUUGUUUGAUGACGAUGAUACGGGCAAAAUUUCAUUUAAGAAUCUAAAACGUGUGGCUCGAGAGUUGGGUGAAACUUUAACCGAUGAGGAGCUUAGAGAAAUGAUUGAUGAGGCGGAUUUGGACAAUGAUGGCGAAGUGAAUCAGGAUGAAUUUUUACGCAUUAUGAAGAAAACUAGUUUGUAUUAAAUAAUUACUGGGGGCAAGCAGAGCUGAUAACGGAGGUUGAAAAGAGUUAGCUGUGUUAUUUUACUUGUGGGAUUUAGAGGUUUUAUUUUUAUAAUUAGCAUUAAAUUAUUUAAAUAUUUCCCUUUAUUAUAAUUUAGUUUUUGAAACAUUUUUGUAAUGCUUCUUUCCAAUAUUUUGUAUUAAUUAGUACUUAUUUAUAUAAUUUUAUUAUUACUUAUUUAUAUCUGAAAUAUUUAUGUUUUUUAUAGAAUAAAACCUUUGUAAAUA